CACGAAAAUGGCUGGUGGAAGUUCACCCUCGAAGGAGGACAUCGAUGCCAUUUUCCAUCGGUUACGAUCACAGGCAACGAACAAGAGCUGUUUCGACUGUGGAGCGAAAAAUCCCACCUGGUCCUCGGUAACAUACGGUGUGUUUAUCUGCAUCGAUUGUUCCGCGGUGCAUCGGAAUUUGGGCGUGCAUCUGACGUUUGUACGCUCCACCAAUCUCGACACGAACUGGACGUGGUUGCAGAUCCGCCAGAUGCAGGUCGGAGGCAAUGCGAAUGCGGCACAAUUCUUUCGCCAGCAUAAUUGCAACACUACCGAUGCGCAACAAAAGUACAACUCACGGGCUGCCCAACUGUAUAAGGAUAAACUGCUAAACAAAGCGCAACAGUCACUACAGCUGUACGGGACGACGCUCCAUAUUGAUCAUGUGCAAGACCUGAACACUGCCAGCGAGAAGAAGGAGGUAGACUUCUUUGCCGAAUGUGAAAACUUCGAUGGUGACUCCACCGUCACGCCACAGACGGGUAAGGACGAGCGUAACAACAAUCCCCGACCGAAGAACGAUCCCGAGCAGGAAAACAUUCCAAAACUGGCUUCCCUUAGCGCAACGCUCGACCCAUCGGCUGGCCCUCGGGUCGAUUUCCUCAUCUCCGAAGUACCGAUCGAACCGGUCAAAUCGACGAUCGGCGUACGCAAGAUACAGCCCAAAAAGGGUGGCCUCGGUGCGAAGAAGGGUGGACUCGGUGCAACCCGUGUCAAAACGAACUUUGCCGAAAUCGAAGAACGGGCCAAUAUGGCCGACAAGCUAAAGCUGGCACCGGCUCCCGAGAAGGUAAUUACCGAGGAGGAAAAGGCCGAAACACUGGCCAGCGUACGGCUCGCUUACCAAGAUCUUUCGAUCAAGCAACACAAGGAAGAGGAAAAGCUGAAAGCGAUCGAUCCGAAUAAGGCGAAACAAAUCGAACGGCUUGGGAUGGGCUUUGGAAGGGCCGCCGGUGUUUCACAUUCGGCACUGACCGACAUGAAAACGCUCACACAAGAGGAAACGACUCGAGGUGGUAGUUCGGUUACGAAAGCGUACGAUCGGGAUGAUUCGUCUAGCGGUGGUGGCGGCGGUGGAAGUGGAAGUGGUGGUGGUGGAGGUGGUAGCAGCAGCGGUAAUGGUGGAAACGAUUUUUUCGAUGACUAUUCCAUAAUUUACGGGUUUUCCGGUAGUGGCAAGGGUGCCGAUAUGAGCGAAGCGACGCAGAUGGGCUUCGAUACGCUCGAACCGAUCGACAGCAAGCGUCCGACGGUUAAGACGAUGUUUUCACCGGCCGGUGGCAGCUUGAAGGGUGGCGCUAGUAGCAGUAUUAGUGAUCAACCAACUUAUAGCCGCGGUGGAGCCAGCAGUAAUAACAGCAACAGCACCAGCAGCAAUCGAAGAAACACUAGCAAUCAGCCCCAACCGGUCGAUAAUAGUGAGUUGGCACAGAAAAAGUUCGGCUCCGCCAAGGGCAUCUCGUCCGAUCAGUUCUUCGGGGAUGAGCAGUCGAGCUACGAACGGUCGGCGAACCUUUCCAAAUUCCAGGGCUCAACCAGCAUCUCUUCCGCCGACUAUUUCGGCCACGGUUCAUCAUCGAUGGGUUCGUCGGGUGGUGGUGGUAGACCUGGUGGAUCACGCGGUCCAGCACUGCAGUACAACGGGCCCGAUCUGGAGGACGUACGGGAAAGUGUACGGCAAGGCGUCACAAAGGUGGCCGGCCGGCUCAGCUCACUUGCCAGCGAUGUGAUGAACUCGAUUCAGGAUAAAUAUGGUUACUAAAAA